CACACUACUCGUCUCAAAUUUAUAUAUAUUCACCAAAUCUCAUCAUCGUCAACUACAACCAACUCCCAGCUCCUCUCCAUCUCAAUAAUCAACCAAGGUUUUUGCCGGUGCUUCACCCAAUCCAAUCCCCGCCGGCCGGUCAUCAUGGCCACCGUCAACGAUCAUCACCUUACAGCUUCACCAAGCUCCAAAUCCACCGCGAAGAAAACCUUUCUCGGUCUCGACAUUGGCGCUCACGAGUUCUACUCGGCUGAGAUGUGGAAGGCUUUAGCGACGGAGCUCGUGGGCUCCACGCUCAUCCUCCUGUCCCUCGCCACCGCCGCCGUCGGCUGCUCGGAAGCCCAACACUCCGAUCCGAAGCUCACCAUCCCGCUCUUCGUCUUCGUCAUAGCCUUCCUCUUCCUCUACGUCACAAUCCCGAUCUCCGGCGGCUUCCUCAACCCGACUUUCGCCACCAUCGCCGCGCUCAAGGGCGUCGUGACGAUCACGCGCGGCCUCUGCUGCGUGGUCGCCGAGUGUCUGGGCGCUCUGUUGACUUCCGUCCUCCUCCGUUUGACCAUGGCCCACCCGCUGGCCCAGAAGUACUCGCUGGCCGGGUGCGUGAUAAACGACGCCGUUUCGAACUCUGGCGUUGGGCAAGGAACGGCGUUAGUUGUUGAGUUCACGUCCGCGUUUCUUGUUCUUUUCACGGCCGUGACGGUGGCGUUCGACCGGGUUCGGGCCAAGGAGAUCGGGUUGGCGGGCGUGGCGGCUCUGAUCGCGACGGCGUAUGCGCUGGCGUCUUUCGUGGGUAUUACCGUGACCGGGCGGGCUGGGUACGGCGGAGCGGGCCUGAAUCCGGCCCGGUGUAUGGCUGCUGCUGUUGUGUACGGAGGCCCGUUGUGGGAUGGGCUCUGGGUUUUCUGGGUCGGGCCGAUGUUGGCUUGUUUUGUUUAUUGGGCUUUCAGUCUGACCUUCGCCCAAGAAAGAAUGGUUGUCACGAAGGAAGUUGAAGAGCCAUGUGUGUAACGAUUUCGAUUUGGUAUUUGGGUCAAUGAAUAGGUGUAAUGAUUUAGUAUGUACUGGAUUAUAUAGGAUCAAAUCGAAUUAAAUAUAAUUAGCUUUCAACCAGGCUAUUGGUUAGGAUACUUUAUUGAUUAUAUCAAUAAUAAUCACAGUAUUUAUCAAAAAAUAAUAAUAAUCACAGUUAUAUUAAAAAAAAA